AUGGACAAAUGCUCUGGUGAACAGAGUUAUCUAACUGUUAACAAGGUUGGCAAGGUGGCUCUUCGAUCGUCGAAGUCACUGGAAAGCUUAGCAGAAGAUGACUGGAAAUCUACCAAUCCACCAGAGAAAGUAAAGCACAGAGGUUACAGAUUCUGGUUAUCUAGUAGCAGUGGGAAAUGCCUUACAGUUCUUGGAGGACAUGGAGAGAAAAGGAUUGUUGGUGUAGCUAACUGCAAGUUUGAUGGCUCGAACAUGAAGCAGCUCUUUGCCUUCAGAUUCCAUUACCAUAAAGCUUUCUGUAGUUGUGGUGUCUUCAAUAAUUGA